AUGUUGGUCGGUAACAACGCGAAUGAAGGACCUGGCUUCACGCCUCAGAACAUCACCACGGAAGACAACCUCGUUGAAUGGUUGGAGCUCACCUUUCUACUCUUCACCAAUGAUGACAUUGCCCAAGUGUUGCUCUACUACCCCAGUUCGAACGCCUCGACGAAUCGGAAUGCAACCCUCUUCGCGACCGAGGGCGACGAGGGUUCUCACAGCGUUGAAUCAAAGCAGUGUGGGCACCGGCCAGCAACAAAGAGCAAAUGUAUGAUCACUAAGCUUGCGAAGAACAUAUAUGCGGAGACUACAUUUGUCUGUCCACCCUACUGGAUGGGCUCGGCCUACAACGACCAUGGCAGGUCAGGGUACAAGUACCAGUACUCUGUGCCUCCAGCUACUCAUGCGUUGGAUGUUGCGGCGUACUUUGGUCCCACUCCCGCGAACGUCGGCCCAGACAUGGCGUUCGCUUUCAAGAAGAUCUGGGGCAAUUUUAUUACCACGAACAACCCAAGGAUCUCCACUGAAAUCGCCAAUGGCGCGUCGUCGAACUCGACAUCCGCCAUCGAUGCAAGCGAUUGGGUCCCAUACUCGGCUUACGAGCCAUAUCAGUUGAAUUUGAACCAGCUAAGGUCUAUCCACUGUAAUAUGAGCUUGCAAGAUCCACAUGCCAACCUCGUCGAUCUGUUCAUUGACACAUCAUACCUCAACAAGACAGGAGGCACCCCCAUACCAUACAUGGUCUCCGUCGGCGUCAACUUGACAGUAAACGGAAACCCGGGGCUGCGGAACGACAUCUUGCUGGUCGACGCAUGGACAUGGGAAGCCGGGAGAGGAUAUCGCUGCGAGUUCUGGCGGAGCGUUGGGCCAAUAGUCCCGGAGUGGGAAGUGCCAUUUCUGGGGUUGAGUUUAGGUGUUCUGCCGAUGGAUAGACUGGCUGAUAUUAUGCGGUUUCCCAAAAACCAUAAUCAUCACCUUAGAGCCAAUGGGGGUUGCAAAAAGUAG